UUUCGUCUUUCCUUCAACAUACAGGAUGAGAAAUACGAUCAUAUCGAAGCAGAAGAAAUAAAAAAGGUUGAAGAUGCUGUGGCAGAUAAGGACAAAUGGUUCCAGGAAAAGUGGAGUGCACAGAACAGUCUCGCCAGUCAUCAAGAUCCGGCUGUGUAUGCCUCCGUUAUACUCUCUGAAAAAAAGCUGUUGGAAGACACGUGCUACACGAUCUUGAACAAACCGAAACCAAAGCCCAAAGCCGAACCACCCCCUCCCCCAAAGGAAGAGGAGAAGAAAGAAGAGGGGACGGGAGAGUCGACAACGGAAGAGAAAAUGGACCAAGAAGGAGAAAGUGCGGAGAAACCUAGUGAAGAUCAAGAUCAGGAAGGUGGCGAGGAAACCAAAGCGGACACAGACAUGGAGAUUGAUUAGCUAUUUAUGAUUAAUAGUCGAGGAGUAAAAAGUUCAGAAG